AUGGGAAUACUAAAAGGAAAAGAUUCGGCUUUAUCACAUAUUGAUCAAUCGAAAACGGCAUUUUUGGCCACUUUAUCUGAAGUUGAUCAAGGUGCGUCAACUCACACAAUGCCACCCAAAGAUCAUUAUACAUUGAAAUUCGAUCGUGCAACAAUCAAAAAUCUAAAAGGAAGAGUUUAUGAAACAAUGAAACAAUAUGCUUAUGAACAAUUGGGAGAAGGUAUUCCUUGUUUUAUCAAUAAUACGGAAACUGAUAAUACAAGUGGACCAUUUAUUCCAACAAAACCACCUGUACCAACUGUUGGUAAACAAUAUGUCGCUUGUAUUUACGAAGAUCUUAAAUCAAAACAGCCAAUGCAAGACGAAAAUCAAUCGUAUAGAAAUGACAAUGAAAAACAAACCUUUUUUUGUUUCUUCUGCUUUUCUUUUUACCCUUUUUUUUAA